AUGCAAGUCAACAACCCUGUACCAGUGCCAAAGGGCACACCAGAGCACGAGGCCAAGCGUGCUGCUGUUCUCAAAGCACUCGCCGACAAAGUGCCCGCCGAGUUCUGUCUAGGCCCUGAAUUCUUUAAAGACACCCCUCUCGAUGUCACCAAGAUCCCUUCUACCUGUGGUAUUCUCACAGACGAAGAAGUAGCCAUUACAGAAGACUAUGAUGCAACUGGCCUUGCUGAGGCUAUCGCCAGACGCAAGUAUACUUCUGUGGCUGUUGCGAAAGCAUUUUGCAAGCGCGCGAUUAUCGCCCAUCAGCUUACCUGCUGUCUUACUCAGUGGUUUUAUGAUGAGGCUAUCCAGCAAGCUACGAAAAUGGAUGAGUAUCUAGCAGAGCAUGGAACCACGAUAGGCCCGCUCCAUGGCGUACCCGUCAGUAUCAAGGAUCAUAUUCCCUUGGCCGGCACGUUCGCCUCGUUGGGUAUUCUGGCUACGGCUGAGUACGACGAGCAUGACUCUCCCCUUCCAGCUGUCCUUCGCAAGGCCGGCGCAGUCUUUUAUUGUAAGACGAACCAACCCCAGGCCCUCAUGCAUGGCGAAAGUGACUCGCCUUGGGGCCGCGCCUUGAACCCGCACAACACCACUUUGACAUCUGGAGGUUCCAGUGGUGGUGAAGGAGCCUUGAUUGCUAUGAAGGGCUCCGUCCUCGGCAUUGGAACCGACAUUGGAGGCAGCAUUAGGAUCCCUGCUGCGUUCAGUGGUAUCUAUGGAUAUAAGCCAACGAGUGGUAUCCUGUCAACAAGGGACUUGGUACAUGGGCCAAUGAUUGCUGAACUCACUGUCUUGGCUAACGCAGGUCCCAUGUGUCGAUCUGCACGCGACAUGGACCUAUUCAUGCGUCUUCAGCUUGCUGUCAAGCCACAUAUCAGAGACCUGACUUUGGUCCCCACGAAUUGGACCGGCUUGUCGACACAGCUGGGCCUGACCCUUGGACGCCCCCUCAAAGUUGGCAUCAUGACACACGAUGGCUUCAUCCAGCCUCAACCACCUCUCAAGCGUACCCUGUCGUGGGCUAGUGACCUUCUGUCAGACCCUCGACUAUCAGGACUUAUUGAGGUCAAGCCAUUCCUACCAUAUGGUAUCAAACAGGCCUGGGACGAAAUCAGACAAGCCUACUCCCCUGAUGGCGGCAUUCCAAGUCGUGAUGCGAUCCUCGCAACAGGCGAGCCAAUCUAUCCUCUCACCGACUGGAUCUGGAAGACCGCCGCUCCCAAAGGUAUGCUCACUGCCGGUGAAAUGACUUACGUACGCAAAGCAUGCCUCGAUUUCCGACAUUCCUUUGCAGAGGAUUGGGAGCGUCAGGAUGUCGAUGUUAUUCUUUGUCCAACUGGCGUUGGUCCGGCUACGACUCACGACACAAAUUUCUAUCUUAUGUACACAGCUCUGUGGAACUAUCUUGACUGCCCCGGUUUGGUUUUCCCUACGGGGCUCAAGGUUGAGGGAGGCGAGAAAUACGAAGCGGAUUAUCAGCCGCUGGGACCCGAGUGCGCUCAUGUGAAGGAGCUUUGGGAGAGUGGGAACUUUACAGGAGCUCCUAUCAAUCUUCAGCUUGUGGGGAGGAGAUAUCAUGACAAUCAGCUGUUUGGGGCUUUGAAGCUUCUCCAAGGCGCUCUUGGGCUGGAAUGA